CUGUUGCUGUCUCGCGAUCUUGUUUCACCAGUGUCCGAGAGGAAGUCUCGCCAAAGCUUUCGUUACUGUGUGUGCUCUACACCGUGAGCAAUGCCCAGUGAUAAAUUCUUCCCCCAAGCUCAUUAUUUGAACUAGUCUCCCUCCGUGAAUUGAAGCCGCUUAUUCCGUCAUUGUCCCCAUUCACUCUGUGAAGAAAGUUCAAACCAAUUGCAGUUAAUAAACCCUUCGCCAUCCGUUCCAAAUGAUGAGAAAACCCUCAGACAUUUGAAAAAGCCUCGACAGUUGUGACUUGGCCGUAUGUUUUUGCUGUCUCCAAAUGAUGUUCCUCUCCUGAAGCCCCGUCGGUUGUCGAAUAAAAGUGCAAAACACGAUUUAACAAUCGAAAGAAGUGCAAAGCGAAUGAAUAGUUGAAAAGAAAGUGUACCACUCGUAUGAAUCAUUGAAAAAAAGUGGAAAAGUGUCGCAAGAAAAUUCUAAAAUCGGAUACUGCAGUCUUGAAAAUGAUGUUGGAGAGAUUACGCAAAGUGCAGUGAAUAUCCUAGAUGCGUGUUUUUGUAAGCGAGAGAGGAUUGAGAGGCUGAGGGAAUGGGUGCUGGUAUGGGUAGAACAGGAACGAGUGGCGGUGGUAUUCUCGAGGCACUACCAACUGGUACACCGCUUCACGUUGCCAUGCUUGGCCUAGACAGUGCUGGUAAAACAACAGCACUUUAUCGAUUGAAGUUCGAUCAGUACUUGAAUACAGUACCAACAAUUGGAUUCAACUGCGAGAGAAUUCGUGGGGGCAUUGGAAAGGCGAAAGGUGUAAAUUUUCUGGUUUGGGACGUGGGAGGUCAGGAGAAGCUGAGGCCACUUUGGAAGAGUUACACCAGGUGUACAGAUGGCAUUAUUUUUGUGGUCGACUCUUGCGACACCGAGAGACUCGAAGAAGCCAAGAUGGAGCUCACGAGGACGGCGAGGAGUUCUGAUAACGCAGGUGUUCCCGUUCUCAUUUUGGCUAAUAAACAAGACUUACCAGGUGCCAAAGACGUGGGCGAACUGGAAAAACACCUCGGCGUCCUAGAGUUGACCAGUUCACCGGGUAGUUCCUGCAUAAAGGUCCAACCAGCUUGUGCCAUUACCGGAGAAGGGCUCCACGAGGGCCUCGAUACACUCUAUCAGCUCAUUCAGAAACGACGUAAACUCGUGAAAUUGAAUCGGAAAAGGGCGAGGUAGGCCCGGGCCUCGGAGGACUGUACGUGCGUAUUCUGAUACUGUCCUCGAAUCACUGGAUUCAGAUGUACUGAUGCAUUGGUGAUGCACCAAACUCGUCAAUCAAGUUUUUCAGCGGCAUUCGAUUUUGGAAGAAUCAUUGUUGCGUAAGAAAUGGACAAUUUGUUUUUUUUCUAUUUUGAGAGGUAUGAGCUAGAGAGAGUGGCCAGAGGAAGGAAGCAACGAUUUUUUGAGGUUAGAGAUAACCAACCAUAGAUGUGGUGUGAUAAAACUUGAGGAGAUUCAAGGGAUUAUUUACAAAAUUAUUUUUAAUUAACUCUUUUGCUAAACAUCUGUUCUUUUAAAAAUCCUCAUGGUUUUAUAUCAGAAACUUCUCAUUGGAAAUCAAUAUUCAAAAAAAUUUCAAACAACGAACAAGUCGUUCUUUGAGAUAUUCAUGUAAUUAUGUUGACAAAAAAUUCCCUCUUUACUCAAGCAGUUUUAUCAUUUCACACGAUUGAAAUUGCACAAGCGAAGUAAAUGUUGUUCGUUACCAAACAAAAACAUUCGUGAACGAAAAAAAAAAACAAUGUAAUCCCGUAGAUGCAGCCACAUAUUUAUGUCAGAAUGAAAAAUAGACUGUGUCGAAUUAUGACUGACGUCUAUUGCCGAGUUAAUCCAUCAAAUCCUACGUACUUGUGCCUCACUUACAUAUUUUGCACCAUUUUUCUAUUAAUUCCUUCCUCAUGUUUGUGUCUAUGAUGUUUGUAAAAUUGCCCUGGUGCUUCCGAGGAGUUUGUGCUACUUGUUUUUGUUGAGUUGCCGACUGAGAUGAGUCAAGCGAGCUUUCUAGUGUUAAUCAUUAAGGGGAGAUUGCACUGAAAUUUUCAAGCCUUAGAGAGCCUUUAUUUAUCGUGAUGUUGAAUGUGCUGCUUCAAUUUCCAUGCAAAGAAAUAAUCUCUGCUUUUUUUCAUCAGAAGAAUCUUCAAAUGCCCUUUAUUGCCAAAUAUUUAGAAACCUCGUGAAACUGUUAACAUAUCGUGAUAAAUUAUGAUAAACCCUAGAAAAAUGUGUAUCAACCUUGUGAGAUUUUUGGCGACUGUACACUAAAAGACGGUGUGUGAAAACGAGGUUAGAGUUUACAAUCUUUACUCCCACGUCUGUUUUUUGGGCCUACUGUGAAAGUACCUUAACAAAAUUAAGCAGUAGAGUCAUCAAUACGAUAAAUGAAUUUCGAAACUUCACGGCAGACUCCCCUAGAUUGGCGUAAUCAGUUAAAUUAGCAAGGGACUAAGAAAAUUAUUGAGUGUUUUCAUAAAUUCAGGGGGGUAUUUUGAACGUCAUUGCUGGCAAUUGAUGGUCAAUUAUUCGUUAAUGAUUGUUUUGGAAAUACAUAUCGUUUUUUCGCAUAUUUCCGAGCUUUUUGUGGUCCCGAAGUUGAUCAUUUAUCACUGUUCUCCCUACAAUAGAAGUUUUUGCUCAGUAGUCAUUUUGUUUUUUUUUUUUUUCAUUGAGUUCUGGUUUUCGAUCCAAUUAGUGGUCUGUGGAGUGUGAGAGAUAAAAAGCUGAUUAAUUCAGUGAUAAAAUGAUGAAUCCGAGUGAGACGAAAUUUACAGGUCGCUUAUUAGUCGAUUGAUUUUCAAUCGAGAAAAAUGUCAGAGGGAAAAUAGACAUGACGUUACGAGGAUUUCAUCAAAUUUUUCCCAGAGUUUCACAGAAUGAGAAUGGGAAAGAUUUAGAUUCCUAUUUCGUUCACUCUUUCGAAUGAAUAUCGGAAAAUCCAUUUUUAUCGGAUGAAGCCAUAUUUUGUUGGGGUUUCGGGACCGUAAAGAGGUCAAGGGGUCAUCAGGCUGCGCUUACGAAUGAGAAACGUUCUAGUUAUCUAUGAAAACAAUUUUCAAUAGACCAUUCCUUUUAAAAUUCGUUGUCUGAUCAGUCGCAUUUCAUCAUUUUUUCUACUGAAUACAAAAUUAGAAAUUCCGCACCUCCACUCGACCACAUUCCGUGCAACCCAUUCACGCGUCUAAAAUAAAGUGAUAAUACUAGUCGACAUUGACAAACAUUGUUUUUAUUUUUUUUAAUAUCUACCAAUAUAUUACUGAAUGAGUGUGGCAAUAAUAAAGAUUUUUGUAAAUACAAGUAUUUCUACUGCGUCACUGUAAAGUGUACGACACUUAGAGUUUGUAAUAAAGAUUUGAACAAUUACUUGAGCAGGUGGAAUAAUCGAGCCUCCAACGAUUGAAAGUCACAUUAAAACUCAGUAAAUAAUUAUCGAUGGAAGAUUUGUUCAAGCAAAUGAGUCUUAGAUGUUAAGGGAACUGUAUAAGAAAUUAAUGUUGUUUUUUAUAACGAAAAAAAUGCUAUGACGACAAAUGUAUUAUUACGAGAAUUGUAUACUUGUACUUGCCCUUGUUGUGUUUUAUUAGUCUCGAAUAUUUUAUCUCGAGUUUUUCAUUGAUGAGAGGGGAAAUACCACUGGGACUUGUUUAUAAUUGUGUUGGGAGUGAACGUCAUUAAUGUAGAUAAUUUUUUGUGUAAAAUAUAUAGAAAAAUUUGGUGGGAGUGUUCUGUUCACCCAUGGAUAUCAUAUUUAUGCAGUAGAUUGUUUAUCUGUAUCAUUCAAUAAUUCGGAGAUCAGAUGAGAAUUGGCAGUAUUACGUAUAAUUUUUGGAGUGAACACAAAUUCUUUUAAAAGAAUAAAUCCGAUGAGAAAAUUUA